AUGGCGGAUCAGACGGAACGUUCAUUUCAAAAGCAACCAACGGUUUUCUUGAACCGUAAAAAGGGUAUUGGUGUGAAGCGUAGCAGGAAACCUCUGAGGUACCACAAAGAUGUGGGACUUGGUUUCAAAACACCUAGAGAGGCCAUUGAAGGCACAUACAUCGACAAGAAGUGCCCGUUCACCGGCAAUGUGUCGAUCCGUGGUCGUAUCCUUACCGGAGUCGUACAAAAGAUGAAGAUGCAAAGGACAAUUGUCAUUCGCCGCGAUUAUCUUCACUACCUGCCGAAAUACAACAGAUUUGAGAAGCGUCACAGGAAUAUGUCGGUCCAUUUGUCACCUUGCUUCAGGGACGUCGAGUUAGGAGACAUUGUGACCAUUGGUGAGUGCCGGCCGCUCUCAAAGACAAUCCGUUUUAAUGUACUGAAAGUCACGAAGGGCAAAGGCUCCAAAAAGUCCUUCAAAAAGUUCUAA